AUGGCCAGCAACAACAUCAAGCCCAAAUCUCCGCCAGCGUCGCCGCUGACCUCGCCCAAGGGGAAGAGCGGUGCCAACACAAAAAAAGAAAACGAGCUCAAGCUCAAGGAGGCCAAGGCACGGAAGAAGGAAGCACAGAAAGACUUGUCCCGCGCCAAGGAGCAGCUGGCCCAAACCAAUGGGAGCCUCAAAGCUACCGACGAAGAAGUGGCGAAGCUGGAGAGCAACCUGGCCCUCCAGGAGCGCAACCUGAGAGAACGCGAUCGCUCGCUGCAGUAUCUCACCGAAAUGCUCUCCUCCAGCAGCAGCAGCCGGAUUGGAGGGAACGAGCUCCUCAACUCGGUGUUCGGCAAGCUGGCUCGGUUGGGGUCGGGCAAGAAGAAGACCAGCAGCAGCAGCAGCAAGUCCAAGAAGAAGACCGACAAGAAGGCGGCCGCCGCGCAUCAGCACCACCCCCACGGACCCGAUGACGUCGACGCUGACAGCGAAAGCGAAACUGACGAUCAUAGCGAAGCGGAGGAGAAGCAGAAGACCACGGCGGCGGCGGCAACGGGCUCUGCGGUGGUGGCUGCCUCGUCCCAGACAUCGACGCCGAGGGACAAACCAAAGAACGAAAGCGACGGCGUGGCGAGCGGAAACGAAGAAGAAGAGGAGGAAGAGGACGAUGGCGGCUACUUCAUUUUCGAUCUGCGAUCCAAGGUUCGGUGCACGCUGGCGGGUCCGCGCAACCUGUGCGCGUGGGAGGAGUUCAACCACCUCUCCUCCACCCUCCGCUACUUUCGCAAUUUCAAGGCUCACGAAGUGGCCGAGCUGUUCGUGCUGGUGCCGGCAACACCGAGUCCCGCCGGAAGCAGCGUGCAGGAGGGACCCCAGCCGUCGGGCCUGGCGGGUCUGAUGGCCAGCAUCCAGCAGAGGACCCGGGCGCCGCUCGCCCUCAUCCAAAAGAUCUUCGCGCGCGUCGAGAAGACUGUCGGCCAGCCCAAGACCUGCACCUGCAUCUUCAUCGGCCUCGUUUCGGUCGCGCAAGCCGCCACCAGCGCGGAAAAGGAAGCGCUGUUGUACGACGCGAUCACGGGCAAGGGCAGUGAGGGCAGGCUGACGCUCGACACGGCCCGGGAGCUGUUCCACUACCGCUUCCGAUUCGUCGAGGCCGUCGUGCGCGCCUCGCUCCCCGUCGUCGCCGCCGCCGCGGGCCGAGACGAGAAGGAGGUCAAGCGCGGGCUCAAGAAACUGUUCGGCCAGGUCCAGCACGCGCGCGACGAAGACAAGCCGUGGAACCGCGCGGCCGCGUCAGUGUUCCAGUUCAUCGAGAAGCAGCGCGCCCGAGCGCGACGAACGUGCAUCGACGACGAUGGUGAUGACGACAACACCUCGCAGCAGACCAGCGCGAAGCCGAUGAUGAUGGUGACGCGACGCGAGUGGACCGACGCGAUGCAGUACGUUGCGCACUUCUUUCACGCGCCGUCGGCAAAGCUGUUCCGCGGCGACGGCCCGAACGAGAUCGACGAAGCCGCGAGCGUCGAUGAAGGCGAUGGGAGCGAGGCCGAAGCCGAGACCCAGGCCCGGCCGCCGUCGUCGUCGGCGGGCACUACUGGACCGAAGCAGCUGCCGCGGGCGGGCGAGAGCGGCGAGUCGGUGGGCGACUGCGAGACGGACAACGAGGAGUACUACCUAUCGGACUACGAGAUUGACGAUGAUGACGAAGAUGAGGAAGAGGAAGAAGAAGACGGCAAGAAGAAUGAGAAGAAGAAAAAGGCGAAGAAGCAGAAGAAGAAUGCAAAGAAGAGCGAAGCGACGAAGCGACGCCGAGCGGACUGGGAGGUGGACCACGGGGACGAGGUGGCGACCUUCAUCGGCGGCCUCAACGCCUACCUCCGCCCGGCCGCCUUCAGCUGCCGCGCCGUCCUGGCGCCACAGACCCUCCACCUCCCCUCGCCCACCACCUGCUGA